ACAAUAGCAUUAUCCAGAUAACUCCAUUGACUCUCUCUCUCUUUCUCUCUCUCUCUGCAAAUUUACUUUCUCUCUAAACUCAAAGCCAUGGGUGUGGAGCCCAAGCUGGUCCUCUGCUUUGCUGGCUUCAAGCUUGGAUUUUAAUGGGGUUUGUCUGCUGAGAAAGACCAGGGUUUCACUUGGUCCAAUCAAACAAAUAAUAGUCCUCUCCCUCAUUGAUAGCUCAUUUUCACUUCUCUCUCUUGUUCUAUCCCAUCACCUCAUCGUCUUCAUGCUCAAUAGAAGAGAGAGAAAACAAAAACACUCAAAACCCAUUUCUUGUUUGAUUUGAUGGAUCCACAGAUCUAACCCUUUUUCAGAUCUUCCUCUUUCCCCUGUAAAGACCUUUAGUGCAUAAAUUCAUCGUCUUGUGCGAAGGGAACUUUCAGAAUUGAAGUUUAUUUAAGUCAGACUUAUCUUGAGUCCACAUUAGAUGUGGGCAUUUGGGGAGUGGUUUGGAUGAGAAUGAGGUAUGUUAUCUGGGUUAAUGAACUUUUUGAGAGCCUGUUUUCGACCGAGGGGGGAUCGACAUGUUCACACGGGUUUGGAUGCUGGUGGUCGCCAAGAUGGGCUCCUCUGGUACAAGGAUACAGGACAACAUUUUAAUGGAGACUUCUCGAUGGCUGUAGUUCAAGCUAAUAAUUUACUCGAGGAUCAGAGCCAAAUUGAAUCGGGUUGUUUAAGCUUGCACGAUUCGGGGCCGUAUGGUACCUUUGUAGGGGUUUAUGAUGGGCACGGUGGCCCUGAGACGUCACGGUACAUCAAUGCUCAUCUCUUUCAACAUCUCAAGAGGUUUACUUUGGAGCACCAAUCCAUGUCAGUUGAGGUAAUCCGGAAGGCAUUUCAAGCAACAGAAGAGGGCUUUAUGUCUCUUGUUACGAACCAUUGGCCAAUGAACCCACAGAUUGCAGCGGUUGGUUCAUGCUGCUUGGUUGGAAUUAUCUGCAACGGGACCCUUUACAUUGCCAACCUUGGUGACUCCCGUGCUGUUUUGGGGAGACUUGUUAAGUCCACAGGGGAGGUUCUGUCCAUUCAGCUCUCAGCAGAGCACAAUGCUAGUAUAGAGUCUGUGAGACAGGAAUUACAUUCUUUGCACCCCAAUGACUCACAAAUUGUAGUUUUAAAGCAUAAUGUGUGGCGUGUAAAGGGCCUAAUACAGAUUUCAAGAUCCAUUGGUGAUGUAUACCUAAAGAAGGCUGAAUUCAACAGGGAGCCGUUGUAUGCUAAAUUUCGCCUUCGUGAACCUUUAAGGAGGCCAAUACUGAGCUCAGAACCAUCAAUUUCAGCGCAACAAUUGCUGCCGCAUGAUCAGUUUAUUAUAUUUGCAUCAGAUGGCCUCUGGGAGCACCUAAGCAACCAAGAAGCAGUUGAUAUAGUACAAAAUCAUCCCCGCAGUGGAAUUGCUAGGAGGUUGGUAAAAACUGCACUGCAAGAAGCAGCAAAGAAGAGGGAGAUGAGGUACUCGGACUUGAAAAGGAUUGCCCGCGGAAUCCGUCGGCAUUUCCAUGAUGACAUUACAGUGAUUGUUGUAUUUCUUGACUCAAAUCACGUGAGCAGGUCUAGCUCAACCAGGAGUCCUAAUCUAUCUGUGAAAGGGGGUGGGGUCAACCUACCUCCUAACACCCUUGCGCCUUGCGCUACGCCAACAGAAGCUUCCACUACUUGAUGUAUCUGUCCCUAAUGUUGUUGUCUGUUUUACUAUAUUCGUGUGAAUACAAGGUAGAUUCUGAAAAGAUAAGAAGAGCCGAUCGUCAAUUCUUUAAUGUAAACUGUAACUGUCAGACUGAGAACUAAUACUUGGGUUUAGUUUCUGUACCCAUGAAAAAGAGAAUGAGAAAGUUAACUUCAUGGUGACAAUCCUCAUCGUUACUAAUAGUGCGAAAACGAAGUUACUGAUGGUUGUCUUGUUAUUUUGAAGAGCUUCUCAAACGCGCUUUAAACCCUUUGAUCCC